AUGACUAAUGAAACAGAAAAUAAUGAUAUUAAAUUAAAAACGGAUGAUUUAUCAAGUCUUAAAGAAUCUGAAAUAUUUGUAGAUGAAGAAGGAAAAAAACAUAGAGUUAAAAAGACAAUUUUACCUCAUUAUUUUGCAGCAGGACCUCAUGGUUUAGGUGAUCCUGAAGAUCGUACUUUAAGAAGAUUAGAAGCAGAUGUAAUUAUACCUAAUAGAAUGAAUAAACAUAUUGAAAAAUUUGAAUGUAAUUCUGAAUAUAUGGAUCUUAUUACAUGUUUACGUCAAGAUGGAGCUAUAAAAGGUUUACGUAGUUGUAAACCUAUUCUAGAAGUACUUAACAAUUGUAAAAUAAAAUAUUUUAAUGAUUUAGAUUUUCGCAGUAAAAUAACAGAUAUAUAUUUACAAGAGAGGUCUGAGGCUCGACGAACUGGUAAAACAGAAAAACAACGAGAAUUAGAAAGGUUUAGAGAAUGGAAAAAACAACAAGAACAAAAAUAA